AUGGCACCCCGCUGGCGGGCGACCUUGCGCCGACACUUCUCGGACUUGACGUCGCCCUGGCAGAUCCUCCGCCGCUGGAAGGAGGAGGGCAAAGCCGCAGCAGACCACGUCGGGGCUUUGUACAACCUUGGCCGGAUCACUCGAGGGCGAGGCACCAGUGAGAGUAAGGUGGACACGUGGCUUCAGCUUUGGUCGCCCCUGGCUGGCCAGCGUGUUGGCUGGCUGGGGGCGUUAGGGCACAACGACGCAGAGUGGGAGCGCCACGAUGCCAUGCAGCUGGGCCUUCAGGAGCUGCGGGACGUCCAUGGUUCCUGCCAGUUCGUUGCAAGGGAUGAUGAGCUUUUUGCAGAACUCUUGUCGGCCAUAGAAGAGGCCAUCCCUGAGCUUGAUCAGAAAGGGCUCUCCAGUGCCUUGGGCAGCCAGAAGUUGCCAGUGCGAGUUCUCAUGGGCUUGGGUGACACUCACGAAGAUCUGCCUUUUGGACACUCAACGACUCCACAGGAACACCUUCAACGGCUGUUCUCACUUGUGGAGGCUGCCUGUGCUAAGCUGCUUUCCGAUUGGGAAGCUCCUGCAGCAUCACUGGAUGACAGGGAUUUGGGAUUUCCUUUGUUUGCACUGUCCCGGCUGGGAAUUUACAACCAGGAGGUCUUUGACACUGCAUCAAGGCUGCUAACUUCAAAGUUAAGUGGACAGCCACCUUUGCCAGUGCAGGGUUUGAGGCAGUGGCUGCUUGCCUGCAACAGCUUGAGCCAUUCCCUGACGCAGCACGCAGAGGCCAUUACAGCAUAUGAGCCGCCACAGCCGUGGACUAGCGAAGAGGAUAGCCGACUGCAUCAGAUGGCUGGUGCCUUGGCUCAUUUGCCUGAUCCAAACCCACUACUGGCCAACGUUCUACAAGAGGUCAUCCGCAGGCCAGCAUCCCAACUACGUUCCAGCAAAGCUGUUGCCCUAUACGGCUUACAGGUGGUUCGGCUUUUGAUCGAAGCAGGCUGUGUGCCAAGCACGGUUUCAUUCCCUGCAGAGCUUGGCAGAGAAUUGGACCACUCUCUGGAACAAAAAUCAAAGGUCGUUCGCCGUUGCUCCCAUCUGGAAAACAAGGUUGGACAUGUUUUGACCAAUUGCGGCUUCGAGCCACGACAUGAUGUGGUGCCGCGUGCGGGCCUCUCUGCAGACUUCUUCUGUCACUGGGAGGCCAAAAAGAUCAGCUUCUUCUUGGAGGUGGAUGGACCGAGCCACUUCUGCGUGCGGCCCUUUUGGCGUCGUCGCGGGCGAGCUGUACUGAAACAACGGGUCUUCGCCUCGCAGGGGUGGCCCUUGGUGUCGAUCCCCUACUGGAUCGCUGCACCCCCGGGCGCCUAUGCUCGAAGAGGCGGUCCCCGAAAGAUGCCAAGCUUGGAGCUGAACGAAGAGGAAGUGAAACAAACCAUCGCAGAACAAUUAGACACCUGGAGCUCAUCGAACCCUCCACAUGUGAGGCAAUGGUGGGCAGAGAGCGUGUCUGGCCAAAAGGCCACAGCCUUGACCCUUCUGUUUGACCGACCACUCCCACCUAGCGCUCCAGCCGUGGCGGCGGCGUUGGGGGCUUGUGGAAAGAGUGGAGCCUGGCAGAGCGGCUCCCUGGAUGUUGAGGAGCUGUCUGAACGCCUGCUGGGGCUCGAGGUGGAUGAUGCAGAAGAGGAGGCUCGGGAAGCCUUAAACGAAUCGACCGAUGGAGCAACCGACGCAGAUGUCCUUGCAGUGCUCCUGACUGUCUUCAAGGCGGACCGUGAAAGCGCCAUUCAUGGAGAGGAUUCCUGGGAGAGACCACUGGAGUACUGCAAACGAAUGUGCUCACUUUGUGAUCGGAACUUCCUCAGUGGUGGUGGUCAACCCCGAGUGGAUGACUUCCCAGCUCGCGUGGUGGCCAGUGUCUAUGCCGAGUGUGGGCGAACCCAUGCGUUAGCAGGGCAGAUCUCCAGCGCACGUGACCUCUUUCAGAAGGCGCUGAACGUUUUUGCACUUCUCCCAGAGCCCAACAUGGAUGAGACCUUAGAGAUCUCUGCUUGCCGGGGCUCUUUGGCGAGGGUCUUGCGGCGGGCUGGGCAGCUGAAAGGUGCACAGGAUGAAUUUCUGCAAGCCAUGCAGCUGUUGGCAGAUGUGCCGGACACCAUUGAAGUGUCAGGCUUAGUGAGUGAGUAUGCAGAGACGUUGGCAUCUGCGGGAAAUGAAGCUGUGGCUUCUCCAGACCUGCUGAACCUCAUCAGCCAGAUGGUGGAGGAGAAGUUUGGUGAAGGGAGCGAUGAGCACAUCCAAGCCCUGCAGGAAUUAUCCGAUGCAUGCCUCAAUGCUGGGAAGCAAGCCUUGGCUGCUCCGAUCUUCAUGAGCCUUGCAAGGCAGCUGCGAAGUUACUACGGGAGCAGCCGGCUUGAUUCUUGGGCAGCCGCUGAAAUCCAGGCUGUUGAGGAAAAGGCCGCCCAAGCGCUAGAAACAAGCGCUGCAGAACAUAUGCAAGAUGCAGAUUUCGAGGCAGCCGCAAGCAUGUGGUCGUUGGCGAUCCGCAUGCGAGAGGCUUUGAAUACCCAGGAGGAGGUGCUCUCCGAAAUGCGCUCGUCCUUGGCCGCUUUGAAGCAGGCCGCAGCCAUGAACGGCAGCGAAGCAGGCGGUGCGGCCAGUACACGUGAGCCCGCCGAGCCAGCAGAGACCGAUCAGGACAGCUUUUGCGAGGAGAACGCGACACCCGAAAGCUGGGACCAGUCAGAGCAGAAGGAGGCGGUGGAAGCCACGCGGCCGAAGCCAUGUUUGUCCCAGCCCCUUCAGAGUGCCUUGCGACCAGACUGGACACGAGCAACAUCCACUGCUCCAUCUGAUGCGUGGGAUUAG